AUGACCCAGGUUGAAGCCGAAAAGUCGUACAUCAGCUGCAAAACGGCGGCAACGCAGGCAAUCACCGAGGCACAGGAAACAAAGUUACAAUCGUCGUCAACGGAGGCCUACCUGGCAGAGAUGUGCCGCGCGAUGGACGGGUAUCUGCGCUGCUCUCAUCCAGUGAUCCUCGAAAAAUGUGGUGCUGAAGCCUGGAAACUGGUGUCAACGGUUACAAGAGACAGUCUAGGAGUGACGAUGCCUGAUUGCGACAUGCGAUCAGCUUUGAUCUGA